CUGUCAAAAUUGGCAGAACGGACUUCUGGUUUUGCAAGUGCGUCUAAAAUCGCCAGUUUUCUCAAUUGAUAAGGCAUUUCAAAAUCACACGUUCGUCUUCAAGUGUCGGGUAAUUGCGACGCGUGUACAUAAUGCCCAAUUGGGCCAUUGUUUGGUGCUGAAUCAGUCAUUCCGAGUAUGGAAAAUACACCAAUGAAGAAUCUUCAGGUAAUUGAAAAGCCCACCUUUUGCGCAUCUCGUGGGUAAAAAGUGCCACAAAAAUGCAGUGAAAAUCAAUAUAAAUGUCUCUAGUGGAGAUCAGAACUUCAAGAUACAAUUGAUCAAUUCUUUUUUAUCUGUUUUCUUUGUUUUCGCUACAGCCUCGAGGAAUCUUUAUACUGUAAAACACGCGAGUGUCAAUUAAGUUUUUCAAUUGAUUGCAUUGCCAUUAAAUAAUCUUUAUUUCUCUCCAACGACUGUAAGUUUAUCAGAAUUGUUUUAUAUUGCCUGCCCUUAUCUUGUGUUUUUUCCACCCAGAAAUUAUUACUUUUCUGUGGGAGUUUUCCCCCUUUUGCCUCCUAUUUUUUCCUUUCUCUUUUGUUCUCACAGACAAAUAUACAAAAAUCAAUCAUGGCACACUGCGAUGCUAUGCUACUCAAAAAUCUUAGUAGAAUUGCAUGGUAAAUUUAAGGCUCUCAGUGAAGCUUAUAGUGUGAAUAGUAGUUCACAGUGUGUGUGUCAAUAAUCUGGGGCUCAUUAAGUGGUCGACAGCACAAUCUCUCCCCUGAAUCUCAGCCUGAGACGCAAUCUCGGCCUCGUCAACACGCAGUGAGACGCAGAGGCUGCACAGCAAUGUCCACAGUUGCAUCUGUAAUGCCGUGCGAAGACAAAGAGGCGCCCACAUAGUGACUAAUCCCGAGAAUUAUGAUAAUGCUUUCAUUGACUUUCAUUGAGAAGUGCAGUGGCGCCAUCAAGUUGCCGUGUCUAAUUUUUGAAAAUAUUCAUCUGUAACGAUCAUUUCUGGGUUUAUUCCAAUUGUUCCAAUUAGAUUAAAAACAACAACCAACGAGUAAAAUGGCCACAGAACGCCAGCCACUGCUGUCACAGGCCGAGCCUGUGGCGGAGACUCAGCCAGCCGUGAUGCCGCGACCGGACAUCCGGACGUCGCCGGAAUCUGCGCUCGUGGAUGUGCACAAUGAGACGACGAUUGUAGAAGAGACUGUUGAGGGCGACUCGAAGGAGAGCCUUUACGACUCGAGCAUGUAUGAUCCGUGGUCCAACAGGAAACUCGAGCAUCCCACAUCGAAUCUCGACACGCUGAUUCACUUGCUGAAGGGGAACAUUGGUACAGGCAUUCUGGCAAUGCCAGACGCCUUCAAGAAUGCAGGACUAUAUGUUGGACUCUUUGGAACGCUACUAAUGGGCGCCAUUUGCACGCACUGCAUGCACAUCCUGGUGCGUUGCUCUCACGAACUCUGCCGCCGAUUACAGAUACCAUCACUGGGCUUCUCCGAGGUAUGCUGUGCCGCAUUCGUGACCGGACCCUUUGGCCUACGACGCUACGCACAACUCGUGCGUGUGGUGAUCAACAUCUUCUUGUGCAUUACGCAGCUAGGGUUCUGCUGUGUGUAUUUCCUGUUUGUGGCGCUGAAUCUGCAGGAGGUAAUUGCACGCUACUACACGAAAGUGGACGUGCGGGUGUACCUGGUGUUGAUCCUCAUGCCGAUGAUUGCGCUCAACAUGGUGCGGAAUCUCAAGUAUCUCACCCCAGUGUCGCUACUGGCAGCUGUCCUCACGGUCUCUGGCCUGUCCAUCACGUUCUACUACGUGCUGCAAGAGCUGCCGCCGACGUCAAGUGUGCACGGUUUUGCGACAUGGUCACAGCUGCCGCUGUAUUUCGGCACGGCGAUCUAUGCGUUUGAGGGCAUUGGGAUUGUCCUACCGCUGGAAAACAACAUGGGCACACCAGAGGAUCUGGGCGGCUGGACGGGCGUGUUGAACACGGGCAUGGUUAUCGUGGCGUGUCUAUACACAGCCGUAGGCUUCUUCGGUUAUCUCAAGUACGGAGACUCUGUCAGCGGCAGCAUCACUCUGGAUUUGCCUAACACAAUGCUCGCGCAAUCAGUACGCAUCGUAAUGGCGGUGGCGAUCUUUUUCUCUUACGGCUUACAGUUUUACGUGCCGGUGAACAUCAUUGGGCCCUGGGUGAAAAAUCACUUCCAGUCAGAGCAGCACAAGCAGUAUGCUGAACACUCGUUCAGGAUUGGAUUGGUUGUCUUUACAUUCAUCCUGGCGGCAAUCAUUCCGAAUCUCGGUGGUGUGAUUUCUCUGGUUGGCGCCAUGAGUAGCUCGAUGCUGGCGCUGAUCUUCCCACCGCUCAUUGAGAUUGUGACAUUCUGGCCGACGGAUCUGGGACGUUACUAUUGGAUCCUCUGGAAGGAUCUCGCCAUCAUGAUCUUCGGCAUCUGUGGCUUCUUCUUUGGCACGUACACGAGUUUGUGGCAAUUGCUGAACCAGCACACGGACGUCUAAGCAAGUCGCCGUCGAAUACAACCACAAAAUUCUGGCACUAUUGGAAGGAAAUUGUGUCUUCGAUGUGUUCUCUCUUUGUUACCCUCUUUCGGUUCUUCCAAUGUGAUCGUGUGAAGCUUCUUCGCGCAAAAGUGACAAUAAUAUUUAUAAGAAAGAUUUAAGAUUUAAUGCAGAGUAUCUAGAGAUUUAUUUAAUAACAUAUUUACUCUUAAUACAACUGCCCAAAGUGGGUGUUUGUAUUUAAAAGAAAGGAAAGUCUGUUUAAUGGACACAACAGGACUUUUUUCCGUUUAGGAGAUCUUAUUAUGUUAGUUUCAAAUAUACCAGGUGAAGAUUUAUUUUUAUACCAGUCUGAAAUUGUAGCAUAUUUACGUUUUGGGAGAGACAAAAAAUCGUUUUUCCUAUAUUGAAUGUUACUAUAUGUAAAAAAAAUCUAUUGAAAAAUAUAAAUUGAAACCCUA